AUGGGAGCGAGCGCCUCGGUGUCGCUCUGCAGCGACUCUUCCUCAGUGAAAGUUCUUCGCUCCACUGCUAAAGUGAGCCCGGAGCCUUUGGUGUCCGCCCUGACUCCCAGCGGUGUGUUUGGCGUUUCCCUGGAGACACUGAAGAAAGACGGACAUAUGGAGUGUGGAAUCCCAGCUGUUCUGAAAGUCAUGGUGGAAUACCUCAAUAACAAUGGUCUGCAGCAUAGAGGGCUGUUUCGACUCUGUGGCUCCGUGCUGCGCAUGAGAAGCCUGAGGCAGCGGUGGGACAGGGGGGAGAACGUCGACCUCGUAAGCCAUGGAGAUGUCCCCACUGUGGCAUCACUUCUUAAACUGUUCUUUCGAGAGCUGCCUGUUCCCAUAGUCCCUGAAACUCACCGUACACAGCUCAUCUAUUGUCUUAAAGGAAAUUUAGACAACACCCAGACCAAUCAAUCUCUGAAAGAAAAUCUUCAGCACCUCCCUGCUGACAACCUCAUUAUCUUGGCCUACCUCCUAAACUUCCUGUCCAGAGUGGCCCUGCUCAGCCAGUCUAAUCACAUGCCAAUGGAAAACCUGGCAACCAUCUUUGGACCUUGUAUUUUUCACGUACCAGCAGGACCCAGGAUGAUUGAGGAGCAGAGUCUAUGCAACGGCCUCUUGCUGCACCUGUUGCGGCACCACACAGCCCUAUUCCAAGACCACGAACAACAACAACUAAUAUCCAAUGAAGAAGUUCCCUCUACCCCGCCUCCUCCUCUGUCUGCACUCUCACAAAUCCAGGCCCAUCCCUGUAGCCACCGGUCAGAGGAGAAUCAUGAGGACAGAUCAGGAGAUGAAACGGUGUCUCUCUCUUCAAAGUCUUUAACAAAAGCAACACCUCGUUCAAACAGGUCAGAAUGCUCCAACACACCAGUUGCCUUCUCUGGAGAAAACCAGGGUGACAGCCAAAUGGAGGCUAAGACGGCUGAUCUGUCUGACUUGACCGGAGCUCAUGGUCUUGUUGAAAGAAUCCUAUUGUCUUCACAUCUGCUCCUUCAGUUCUCUAGAGUCAGUGGAGAAGUAGGCUCUCACAUGGACCGAGUAGCUGUACAGUAUGAGGUCAGCUUCCCGUGGUGGCAGGCUUUCCGCCCUAAGUCUUCACUGAACAGUCCCCAAAAGAACAGAAAUGAGACGUGUCGAGACCCAGAGGGGAGCAGUUGUCUUGACGGACACACUGAUUGCAGUCGCAGAAACUGCUGUGACAGUCCAACCCGAAAGCUCCAAGCCCUAGAGGCCGAGUUUGGAUUAUCACAAUCACCUGCCGACGUCCAGACUCCAGAAGAUCUACCUGCUCAGCAACAGCCUGCCGCCUUCUACCACCCCACACUGCUCCACUCAUCAAUGGACUUUACCACCACCGACACCGCACAGACAGAAAACUCCACUUCUUCAUCCACCUCUGAGUCCGCUUCUGUCUGCACCUCUGCUGUAUCAGAGGACAAGUCUCCCACUGCCACCGCCCCUAUCCCUCUCCUCUCACACAUCACCACCAGCGACUGCCCUGUGCCGUCCCCUCGCUGCCCCAGCAUCAGCCACAGCCUCCGCUACAACCUGGACCCCGACACCGCCCCUUCUCCUCCGUGCUCACAGGAAGUACGAACGGCACGGAGCAACGUCCACGGCGCAGAAUCGUGUGUGACGAUGCUGAACCGACACAUUCACUACCUGAGGAAGAGAAUCCGGCGUUUUGAGGAGAGCUUUGAACAAGAGAAACACUACAAGCCAGCUCUCAAUGACAAGACGGCGAAUCCAGAAGUGGCCAGGCUUAUGAAGGAGUUGAUCAAGAGCCGCAAGCAGCUCAAAGAAAUAAAACUAAACCAAUCCAUAAAUGGAGAAGAAAAUAUGCCGCAUCAGUCCUGCAAAGAUGGCCGUGACCAGCGGGGGGCAGCAUUGACAGGGUUGGAACGACAGCUGCUUAAUAACAACAACACAAAACCUAAAGUGGAGGAAACGCUCGGGGUUAUCACAAGCAGACUGAAGGAAGAGCUUCAACUGCCAGACAGUCUCAAGGAGAUGUCCCAUUUCCAAAUUGCCCUGGAAAAGACCUGCUUACAGAAGUGUUUGCUGUACUACGAGGGUCUUCAUGGGCGACCGAGCACCAGACAAGAGCGGACUCUGAUGAAGCCUUUUUAUGACCGAUACCGAGUCGUGAAGCAGCUCCAGAAUCAUUCCUCUGUCUCGUCUGCCAUCACCACUAUUGAUGAAGAGGAAGACUCUGAUGAGGAGAGCCCACGGCCGCUGCCUCACUGGGUUAAACCCUCCUCCUCAGACCAGGCUCUGACAGAGAGCUGUGAAACUCCACUGGUGUCUCCUUUAGAGGAAGCUAACGAUUACCAGUCGCAACUCAUCACCAUGGCAACACUUCAUGAAGCAUCCAGGCAUGAGCUGCUGGACCACCUCAGGAUGGCUAGAAGUGAGAAACGCCGUUUGCACCAUGUACUGCGCAAAUUUGAGGAUCAUUUUCAUUCCCAAAGCGGCAGGGCUUGUCAAAAGGAGGACCGCGGACCCAUGGCAGAGGAGUACCGUCAGUACAAGAACCUGAAAGCAAAGCUGCGUCUCCUGGAGGCCCUGCUUGCCAAACGCCAGAGCUCCACCUAA